AUGUCGCCAAACGUCGGAGUGGCAGCCGAAGGCUUUCCCACCUUGUUCGCAAGGCAAAACGGCUGCGUUCAAUGCGACACAACAAGCUUGUCGUGUCCGUCAUGUGCAGAUAACGAGAGCUGCGCUUUUUCUACUCAAACAUGUAGCGAAUGUCCAAAAGCCUACUGUGCAGCAGACGAUUCAUCCGACUCAGACAGCAGCAGCGGCAGUGGCAGCGGCAGCAAGGCGACAGUCAGCAGCGGACCAAAUGUGGGCGCUAUUGCAGGAGGUGUCAUUGGUGGUUUGGCUGUCAUUGGCAUCAUUACCUAUCUUGUUUGGCGAUUUUGCAUAAAGGCAAAGAGGGACCAGUGGCAGAACGAACCAUGGGCACAGGAUGGCCCGAGAAGCAAGGAGGGCUCCGACAUGGACUAUGCAUCGAGGGCAUCUCAAGCGCGACAGUCGACACAUUCUGUGCACUCCAUGGCCUCGACGGUACUCACUCGCGCAUCCAACAUCAUCCAAAUUGCCUAUAUUCCUGGUGUCACAAACAGGGCGACGCCAACAUCACCGACACUGCUGGUGCCCCCCGUGCCUCCGAUUCCCAUGUCACGAUCAGAGGCCGGCACUCCUUCGCCAUAUGAGGAGCAGCACUUUUUUGUUCCAGGCAACUUGCGCGACUCGUCGUACUCGGGUAUCUCAGGCUACAGCGACCGAACCUCGUAUGCUCGUUCAUACGCCCCGCGGUCUAGUGUCGCCUCGACGAUAUACGGCAAGAAUGCUGUCGUUUCUCCCAUGCCAGCACAAAAGGGAACCCUUCUCAAGCCGUCCCUCGUCAGCGUCAAGUCAAAGGGUGCAAGCAGUGGAAGCUCGACUCCGCCCGUGCCUCAAGUCGAUUAUGACAAGUAUGAUCAACCACCAGCAUCGCCUGCGUUUAGCAUUGGUGCAACUUUCUUCAAGAACGCCAACACAACGACUGCAACGGCGAUGCGGCCACAAAUGGUUCAACUAGGUAGCAGUGGCAGUAACGGCGUCAAGACCAUUGAUGUAAAGAAGGCAUCUCCUUCUGUGUCUGUGAACGAGACGGACUCCGACUCCACCAUGGAGGACGCCGAUGCUCACAAGGAUUUGAAUGCACGAGGCGCAACUCCAUCAACCCCCAUUACCACGGCGCCACGAGAAGAACAGAGUCCUUUCUCUGACCCACCCCAAAACAAUCGAACCUCAAAGCACAAGAGCUCAAACAGCUUGAGCGCGAUCAUCACGGAAGCCACACAACGCGCAGCAAGCAGGACGAGCUCGGCAUCUUCAAAAGUCCGCGGCAGCAGCCCUUUCAGCGACGACCAUGCUCUUAGGGACUAG